CAAAAACGCAACGACAUUAUCAGCAUCCGCAUCAAGGAACACAACCCCAACAACCACAAGUUAAGACUGAAUAGGAGGCAAGCCGUCAGUGGCCGAUUGGGAGCUGAAUGCGGCUGCAAGGACGUUAACCAUGCCCAUUUGCAAAAGUUCGCCGGCAACGGCAACGAGCAAGAAAACUGCCACGGAUAUAUCCGCCGAUCAUGUAACGGAAGCGGCACAAGUGAAACGCACCCGGGAACAGGCCUACUUCAAUUCGUAUGACUUUGAUGCAAUCGAGGUGCUGCCCUACGACGAGGAUAACGAUGAGGCAGCAGUUGCACACAGUCGCGCCAGCAGCGGACGCUAUUCGGCGGCCAACAACAGCAGCAGCAACAACAGCAGCAGCAGCAGCAGCCACAACAACAAGGACUCCGCUGGCCUCACAAAAUUCGGCUAUCUGCAGCGAUUGGGCGCAUUCUUUGGCCAGAAGACAGUUGCAACAGAUGGAGUAACGGCAGCAGCAACAACAGCAGUCGCAGCCACAGCGAAUGGUGUGGGAGAUGAGCAGCAGCAGCAGCAGCAGCAUGUUGGCAGUGCCAGUGCUGCUGAAAGUAAUGAUAACUUUCUGCUGCCGCGAGCAAUGCUCAAAUAUGCCCCAUAUCAGAGCGUUGGCGGCAAUGUGACGACUUCAAUGCCAUUCACAGCAGCACCGCACUCAAUGAAUGGUCUUGAGACGAGCGGCCAGACGGGUUCAUCGUGUGUUGCCACAGCAAAUGAAAUCAAACCUGUGGUGGCAAGUGGUGCUCUGGUGGUGGUGGCACCACCACCACGACACAAGAAACGCUCCACAGCAUCCAAUGCCAACAGCACACACACCACAGACUCGGGCCUGGGAGCCACAAUAGCCACAACAUCAAAAACAGCAGCAGCAGCAGCCGCAGCAGCUGCAGCACAAGCAACAACGCCAACAGCAGCAGCAGCAGCAGCGGCAGCAACAGCAACAUCAGCAGCAGCAGCAGCAGUUCGUGCUGGCAGUGGUUCGCACUAUUCCACCGAUAAAAGCGGCUCGUCCGGUUACUAUAGCUCCCAUGUGUGCUCCACUUACUCGCUGGACGAGCACAUCUACUGCGAACCGGUCAUAGACAUCCUAGAGACCAGCGACAAAGAUAAGAGCAAAGCGACGGCGGCCAGGCAGCGGCCACAGCUGCAGCUGCCAACGAAAGUGGCUGGCAAUGAAGCAGCAGCAGCAGCAGCAGCAACAACAGUGAGCUCAACGAUUAGUCAGCAUUUGGACAUGCAACAUGUGGCUGACAAAGCUGGAGCUGACCAAGCAAAUGCUGCGCCCGAAAUCGGCAGACAGCCAACAAAUGGUAGCCAAAAGAAGCUACAGCAGCAGCAGCAGCAGCAACAACAGCAGCAGCAACUACAGCAGCAGCAGCAGCUACAACUGCAACCACACUACAGUGAUAAGCUGCGCAUUUUGGAGACGAGCAUUGAGAAUUUGGAUCGUCAUUUGAAAACAUUUCCCUGCCUCUAUGCGCCGCAGCAAACCGUGUCCUUUAUGCAGCAGCAGGAGAUUGCCAGGCCAGCGGAGGGCAUCCAACUGGACAUUGGCGAGAAAUUGCGAGCCUAUAAUCAGCUGCCAACCAUAAUGGAGGGAUUUGCCGCCACACAGCGACGACAGCAGCAACAACAGCAGCAGCAACAACAACAACAACAAAUGGAACAGGUUGUGGAUGACUCACUGCUGGACAUAGAUCUGGAUGCAUUUCUGUUGCAGCCGAAAAGCAAACAGCAACAGUUGCGCACCGCUGGCAUUGAUAAUCCCAGUUUUCUGAGCGAUGAGCAGCUCGAGGAGAACAAUUACAAGUGUGCCAAAUAUAUCAACUCCUGCCCAGAAGAUGCCUAUCGUGUGGACACCGAUGCAUCAUCGAACAUGGUGCCCGCUGGCAUCAUCAGCCCAAACACAUCGUAUGCCAAACGCUACGAGGAUCAGUUGCAUUUCCAGAGCACACGCGAACUGCUCGAAGAUGUGCGCGACAAGAUACGCCUGUUGUCGCCGACGCCGACCACGGACAUACCCCAGGAGCUGGACGGCAUGAUACAGACGCUCAAGCACGAACUGGAAUCCUAUUUGCAGCGCAUGAAUCAGCACAGCGAACUGGAGCUGCGUCAACUGUGCAGUGGCUUGGGCAGGCAGCAGCAUGUGGUGCGACUGCAGAAUGCUUUGGAGCGACGGCGCAGCUUUGCUGGUGACUUGCAACUGAAUGCCUACGAAUCUGUGCGUGAUGGCGGCGUCCUAAUCUCCACCAGCCGUCGGCCAUCGAGCUUGCGGGCCCAGAUUAUGAGCAUACGUUGUGCCAGCGAUCCCAAUUUCAAGAUGAAACGCAAAUCGAUCACGGAAAUAUUUCCAGUCGCCGAGUGUUACAUUGAGACGACGACGACGGUGUCGCGUAGUGCCACGCCCACGCUAACAAUAACGCCCUCAUUGACACCAACACCGUCGCCGCCACUGGAACUGAACACAACAACGAUGGUCACUCAAAUGCAGCGCAACCUCAACUUUCACAAGCCCGUGUUGAAUGCGUCUGGCUCCAGAUCCCGCCUCGGCAACGGCGUCGACAAAAUCGACAGCGCCGCCGAGUGGCAUCGCAAGAAGCCGAGCAUCUGGGAGAUGUACUAUGGCACCAAUCGACUGCACCAAUCGCUGCUUGGCAAGCAGCGACACGGCGGAGAGCUGGUCAUCAGCAGCGCCCAUCCGACGCUCUCAUAUCCAUCGUCUCGACCCGAAUCGGAUUUUACGCUCGAUCUACCGCGCGCCGAGCAGCUGCGUCUCAAAAUGGAAAAGGAGAAGAAGUUCCGCCAAAGAUGUCGCUUCAUAACCACAUUUCUAAGUCUGGUAUUCUUUCUGCUGACCGUUAUGGUUGUCAGUUUGGUCUUAACGCGCGGCAAACGCAUGUUUGGCAGCAUGAUUUAGGCAAUAAACCAAUAUCUAAUACAAUACAUAAAUAACAUAUCAAUAUUGCAUAUCUAUAAAUAUAUCUAAAUAUAUAAAUAGGCAGAUAACUAACACAUGUAUGUAAACAAAACAAAACAAAAUUAAAGUGCCGUAGUAAUUCAUAGAGUAACACAGCAAACAGCAGACAGCAAACAGCAAACAAACAACAAUCGAAGGGGACAAUCGUUAAGAUUAACUAAUUUGUAGUAUUAGACAUAGUCACUAUUCUAAUUGAACUAAUUGAUGGAGGGUGUUCAACAUGUUUGUUGUGCUUGGAUGAGCCGCAGUAUUGUUAAUAAAUUAUUUUUGUGAUCUUAGCUGGUAAGUUUGUGAGUGCAUUUUGUGCAAGUCGAAAAUAAUUAUGUUUAAAUUGUCCAUGCUAAAUGCUAAAUGUAUUAUUUCUAAGUCUAAUGAUAAUAAUGAAUAAAGCAAU